AUGGAUUGGCUGCAGCUCUUCUUCCUCCAUCCUGUAUCCCUUUAUCAAGGGGCUGCUUUCCCCUUUGCACUCCUGUUUAAUUAUCUCUGCAUCAUGGAUUCCUUUUCUACAUGGGCCAGGUACCUCUUUCUCCUGGUUGGAGGAGGUGUCCUGGCUUUGGCUGCCAUGGGCCCCUACGCUUUGCUCAUCUUCACCCCUGCUCUCUGCGCUGUGGCUCUGGUGUCCUCACUCGGUCCACCGGAAGUCCACAGGCUGACCUUCUUCUUUCAGAUGGGCUGGCAGACCCUGUGCCACCUGGGUCUUCACUAUACCGAAUACUAUCUGCAAGAGCCUCCCCCCGUGAGAUUCUACAUCACUCUUUCUUCCCUCAUGCUCCUGACGCAGAGAAUCACGUCCCUCUCGCUGGACAUCUGUGAAGGGAAAGUGGAGGCAGCAUCGGGGGGCAUCCGGAACAGGAGUUCUUUGUCUGAGCACCUGUGUGAGGCUCUACCCUACUUCAGCUACUUGCUCUUUUUCCCUGCCCUCCUGGGAGGCUCCCUGUGCUCCUUUCAGAGAUUUCGGGCUUGUGUUCAGAGACCGAGCUCUUCGCAUCCAGGUAUCUCGCUCUGGGCUCUGACCCGGAGGGGUCUGCAGAUUCUUGGGCUGGAGUGCCUCAAGGGGGCGCUGCGGAGGGCGGCGAGCGCGGGAGCUGGCCUGGAAGACUGCCAGCGGCUGGAGUGCAUCUACACCCUGUGGUCCUCCGCGGGGCUCUUUAAACUCACCUACUACUCCCACUGGAUCCUGGACGACUCUCUCCUCGUCGCGGCGGGCUUUGCCUCUGAGGCCGGCCAGAGGUCCGGGGAGGAGGGCUACGUCCCUGACGUGGACAUCUGGACCCUGGAGACCACCCACAGGAUCUCCGAGUUCGCGAGGCAGUGGAACCGAAGCACAGCUCGGUGGCUCAGGCGGCUCGUCUUCCGGCCCAGCCGGCGCUGGCCGGUGCUGCAGACUUUCGCCUUCUCUGCCUGGUGGCACGGGCUCCACCCAGGACAGGUGUUUGGCUUCCUGUGCUGGUCUGUCAUGGUGGAGGCCGAUUACCUCAUUCACACCUUUGCCGACGCGUGUAUCAGAUCCAGGCCCCUGCGGCUGCUCUACAGAGCCCUCACCUGGGCCCAUACCCAGCUCAUCAUCGCCUACGUCAUGCUGGCAGUGGAGGGCCGCAGCCUUUCCUCUCUCUGCCUGCUGUGCUGGUCUUACAACAGUAUCUUCCCCGUGGUGUACUGCGUUUUGCUUCUUCUGUUAGUGAAGAGAAAACACAAACGUAACUGA